CGCCAACACCCUCAGCAAACACCUUUUGUUGUUAUUAUAUACACACACACACAUAUAUAUAUAUGUGAGUAUAUUCCGUGUAUUAAUUAAUCGAGGCGGACAACAUCCUCAGCAAAGAAACUUCCUCAACAAGAAAAAAAUCAGUGUACUGCAGAUUUCUCUCUGAACAACGAAACAUGGAGAUAAUUCUGGCAGAAGAAGCCAAGCCAAGGCCACCAUCUCUUGAAGAAGCCAAGGCCUCCGAGAGCCAAUUUCUGGCAGAAGUUCAGGAAUUUAAGGCCACAGUACCUGAAAGCUAUGAGGAAUUGUGCUCUUGCUUGAUGGCGAAAAUCAAUGAACUUGAGGAUGAGAAGGAACAACUACAAAAAACCAUUCAGGAUUCUGAGGAUGCAUUUGUGGAACACUCAGAACAAUGUCAAGGCGAGAAGUUUGAACUUCUGUCUUAUAUUGGAAGCCUUCAGAAAGAAAUAUCAAGCUUAUCUUCUUCAUCCCUUAACAGGGAGAAUGAAUCACUUAGAAAAGAAUUGGAGAAAACAAAAGCAAAGCUAAAAGAUACAGAAGCCAAACUUAAGAAUGCCAUUCAAGAGAAAACAAAAUUCGAGAGUGAAAAAGCUUGUGCGGAGAGGGAAAUCAAACUCUUGCAUGGACAGAAGGCUGUUUUUGAGCGUGACAUAAACAAACAUGACUCCCUCGUGGGAAGAAGGCGUGAUUCUGCUAUUGGUAGGGGCUCGAAUGCGUUUGAGGCAAAAAGGGACAAACGAUCAUCCUAUUUAGCCGAACCGAGUAUGCAGGAAGACUUCAUGAAACUUGAAGUCCUUGCGUUUGAGAUGGAGAAAACUAUUGCUUCACUGGAAGAGGAACUUGCAAACUCAAAUAAGGAAAAAGAAGAGGCAGAGAGUAGAGCUGAGAGUUUGGCAUCUGACAUACAUAAAUUAUCUGAUGAAUUAGAUGUGUCCAAAACAGAGCUAAGCGCUUUGAAAGAAGAGGUUUUGCAUCUUACAUCAAAUUUGGAAGAAUCCAGGUCUCAUCAUCAGGGAUUGAAAAGCACCAUAAAUGCAUUGUAUGGAGAGAAGGAUGACCUUGCAAUGCAACUUGCUGAUGCCCUUUUAAGUAUAGAGGAAAGAAAGGUUAUAUGGUCUGCCAUGGAAAAAACUUUAGUUGAAGCCAUUGAUGAAAAAACAGACUUAUAUAAUGUUGAGAUCGCCUCUUUAUCCAAGGGAUUGUCUGAGGCGCAACAUGAACUUGAAAUUUACCGAGAGGAGUGCAACCUCCUAAAGGAAAGUUUGACACGUUCAGAGAGAAGUGCAUCACUUGAAAAAACUUUCUGUGAGAAAUCACUAGAGAAUGAUCAGAUCCAAAAUGAACUAAGAGUUGUUGAGGAACACGACACAAAUAUGCAAGAGGCUGUAACGCGUGUACGGAGGAUAGAGAAUUCUGUUAGUAAUCAGGGACAUGUGGCACAUGAUCCACAACAAGUGGGAGUUAGGCACAGCUCUCGGGUGAAAAAAGAAAAUAUAAGGCUGAAAGAUUACGAAAUUGGGGCAAGAAGGAGGUGAAGAAUACUGCUGCUGUUCACUGAGAGACGAAUCUCUGGAGCCAACCAGUUUAAUUGUUCCGUUGUUUUCUUUCCUUCUUAAUGUUUGAGACUUGUUGCCACUUGCCAGACAAUUGUUGCUGUAAAUGUUUAAAAAAAAGACAAUUGUUGUUAUUAAUAAAUUUGUAAUCGUACUCUUGAUGUAUAC